AUGGAUGCACGCCCACAGAAUGCUUCAUUGGACAGUACAGUGCCUGAGGAGGAGGAAGCUGCUAAAGGGGAAGAUUCAGAGGAGGAGCAUCAAAUGUCAGUUUGCCUGAGUGACAGAAGUUUACUUCAUGGAAGAAAGAAGAGGAUUUACAAGAGUGAUUUAUUCCACUUCAUCCACCAGAGGGACAAAAAGACCAAAGCUGCAGGGAAAAGGAAGAAAAAUCCUGUCAGGCUGCUGAAUUGGGGCAAGUACCGGUCUUUGAAGUCGGUGAGCAAGCUGAUACCUCGCAGACUACGCCCACGGAGCGAAUGGACAAUUCAUCCG